AUGAAUGGUUAUACACAAUGGUAUUUACAUGGAGAAAAAUAUCCAACACUAGAGAUAGGUCAAUGUUCAAACCCAAUUUCACCUCAACACGUGGGUCCAAGUUCGAAUAUUGAAACAGUUCAACACAUUAAUAACGAUUUUAGUGAUUAUCAUAGAUAUGAGGAGAUGGUUAUCGAUAACAUGCACCAACCUGAGGCUUCGUAUUAUCAACAAACACCACAACACCCAAAUCAUGAAGCCCAAAAUUUUUAUAAAGUUUUGAAACAAGCGAACACGUCAUUUGAUACACUUCUUUCGAUUGUUAAAGACAUUCUACCAACUGGCGAGAAGCUUCCUAAUAACUUCUACGAGACCAAGAAAAUGCUGAAGCCACUAAAAUUGCCUUCAGAACGGAUUCAUGUAUGUAUAAACCAUUGCAUGCUAUUCAGGGGCCAGUUUGCUGAAUUGGAUCAUUGUGCAGUAUGUGGAGAAAAUAGAUACAAAGCCAAAGGGAGAAAGGUUCCUAAUUUGGUCAUGACUUACAUGCCGAUUGGACCGAGACUCCAAAGGCUCUUCUAUUCAAGGAAGACGGCCAAACAUUUAACUUGGCAUGCAGAUCAUUUAGUAGAUCCAGAAAAGAUGAUACAUCCCAGUGAAGGUGAAGCAUGGAAUCAUUUUGACAGAAAACUUCCUAAUUUUGCAAAUGAGAAGCGCAACAUACGUCUCGGGUUGUGCACUGAUGGGUUUAGUCCUAAUAAUUCAAACAUGACUCCCAAUUCGUGUUGGCCAGUGUUUCUCACUGUUUACAACAUACCCCCUUGGUUGGCUUUUAAACAUCAAUACAUACAACUUCCAUUGAUUAUUCCUGGGAAGAAGAUUCCCGGACAGAAUUUGGAUGUUUUUUUACAACCUUUGGUGGACGAGUUGAAGAUGUUGUUCACAGAUGGCAUUGAAACUUAUGACGCUCAUCGAAAGACCAAUUUUCAGAUGAAGGUUGUACUUCUAUGGACAGUUAGUGACUUCCCUGCUUAUGCAAUGUUGUCCGGAUGGAUCACUCAUGGUAAUUUAGCCUGUCCGUAUUGCAUGCACCAAACAGAAUCAUUUCGACUUUCCAACGGACAAAAACCGUGUUGGUUUGACUGUCAUAGAAAACAUCUACCCGAAAGACACGUAUUCCGAAAUGAUACAGUUAAUUUCUUAAAAGGCAAGAAAGUGAAGGGUCAUGAAGUGCCUGUUCCAUAUCCAACCGGAGAAUAUAUUUGGGAGAAAAUCCAACAUUUUCCCACUGUAUACAACGGUACUCCCUAUGGUCCAAAUUAUAUAAAAGCAAAAGGUUUUGGUAUUACACAUAACUGGGUAAAGAAGAGCAUCUUUUGGGAGCUUCCAUAUUGGCGUCACCUGUUGAUCCGACACAACCUCGAUUUGAUGCAUGUUGAGAAGAAUUUUUUUGAAAAUAUGUUUCAUAUUUCGAUGGGUACCCCAAAGUCCAAAGACAAUAUGAAGGCAAGAGAGGAUAUUGAGAUGCUAUGUGACCGACCUAUACUAAACCCCAUUAGGGACAACAAUAGAAAGCCUAGGAAGAACCCUGGAAAGUACACAUUGACGAAGGAACAAGUUAAAAAAGACUUGUUCGAUAUGAAACGUUGUAUUGUUCAGACCAUGUGCAAGUUGGAGCAAAUAUACCCUCCUAGCUUCUUUGAUUCCAUGGAACACCUAGUCAUACACUUAGCUGAUGAAGCUAUUGUUGGUGGUCCGGUACAUUACAGAUGGAUGUACCAAUACGAGAGGAAACUGGGCAUAAUUAAAAGAAGAAUCAGGAACAAAGCACGAGUUGAGGGUUCAAUAGUCAAUGAACAUCUAGUGAAUGAACUCGCUACCUAUUGUUCGUUAUAUUUUGACCCGACGAUUGAGACACGCCAUAAUCGAGAAGCGCGGAAUUUUGCACCACAAAGUCACAGGUUUUCGAGUGGUGGAGCUCCACUUAGCAUCUUUGUCGUCCCAUCAAGAAGAUUAUAUGAAAAAAGUGGAAAACGAAAACCCUUAAGUGAUAAAGUCCUUCACAAGGCGCACACUUACAUAUUACUUAAUUGUAAAGAAGUUAACCCUUACAUCAUCGAGUUUGAUGAAAUGGUCAUAAGAACGAAUCCAAAUGAAUCAGUUUCUGAUUUAAGAGAUAAAUACUUUGCUGAAUGGUUUGAGGACAGAAUAAUGUAUAAGACACCCGAUGGAAGUGCUAGACACUUAGAAGUUAUAGCUACGAAACCAUCGAGACAUGCUUAUUUUCAUAAUGGGUAUUUUGUAAAUGGUUAUAAGUUCCACACUCAACAAUACGGCGAGGGUCGUGCGACAAAAAACUUUGGAGUAUGUGUUAGAGGGGAGACGUAUAAUGCCGAACAAGAGUCAGACUACUACGGCAUAUUGCAAGAGAUCUUAGAGAUUGAGUAUUAUAGCAGCGGACCUUCGACUGUUGUACUGUUUAAUUGUAUUUGGUUUGAUAACAAAGACGGUGUAAUAGUCAACAAAAACAAGUUGGUCGAUGUCAAACCCAAAUCUCGACUUCAAACUGACGAUCCUUUUUGUUUGGCAUCACAAGCUGAACAAGUAUUUUAUACACCAUACCCUUCAAUGUCAAAUGAGACAAAAGAUAAAUGGGCGGUUAUCAAAACAAAAGCAAGAGGGGUAUUUGAAGUCACCGAAGCUGAAAUGGAAGCAGAUGAAGUCUUUCAGGUUGAAGAACGGUUUGAGUCACCCCUUACUGUAACUCGUGUGGAACCGCUAUGCCUAGCCUCAACUAUAAAUACAUAUGAGCAAAUAUCUGAUGAAGCGAAUGAGAGAAUUGAGGAGGAAGACGAAGAAGUGGAAGAUUUUGAAGACGGAGGUGAUGAAAACGAGUUUUAUUAUUCAGAAGAAGAAUUUGAAGACGAAGAUGAUGGGGACGAAUCAUGUCAGGUAAUCAACGCAAGGAUAAAGGCCACAGUACCAACACUUCUUCUAGCAGUGUGGGGCAUAGGAGGGGGAGGGUUAUCCCCUAAUUCUACCGACAAGCCAUGUUAUAGGACAUCACUCAUACCGAUUGAUAUGCCGAUAGUGACAGGAGUUGCAGGCUCCAACAGUCAGGGUGCCAUCAAUGAACAAACCGACAUGGCUGAUCCUUUAGCAGAUUUGGCUGGGAUUCUUCGCCAUCAGGCUCGAGGGCUGGGUCAUAUGUCCCAACUCAUACAGACAGAUUAUAGGCUCCAAUCCCCACAAAUGGGUUAUACGCCUCAGUUUCCAAAUACAGGUGCUGAGUUGCCGACCCCACAAACGGUUUUGAGGCCAGGUGGUCGUGAUGGAUUUGAGGAGUACUAUUUUAAGGUGCAGAUGCACAGACAAACUUUCGGUCGCCACAGACCCCGCACACGCCACGGCCACCGAACACGCCACCGAUGCCGCAUGGCUCCACCUCUAGAGGUGUUACGGGCGGCAACGACUCGAAUGCGAGUGAUUUUCAGAAGUCUUCGUUGCCCCUCAUCAGCCGAAAAGGGAGAAAGUUUGGGUCUAGGAAAAUCCACAGCACGUGUAUUAGUCUCUAUUGGGAGAAUAUGGAUCAUCCGUGGCCACGAUUUAGUGAUAUUCCUAAUGAGGCCCUUUUGCAGAUGUUUUCGCACCAUGUACAGGUGGAAUUCACUAGAGAAUAGUAACAUAUUUGAUGCCUUCAAGUGUGUCCUCAAGGAUAGAUACAGGGAUCGGAUGAAGCGUAUCAGGAUUAAAUCUGGGGAAAUGGCACGAAAUGAUGGGAAACCCGUCCCCUUAGGUCAUUGGACCUACUACGAAGGGAUGCAUGACUACCGCCCUGGGCGCGUACCGGAGAAUCAUUGGUCGACAGAUAAGUGGAGAAAGAAUUCAAAAAUUGCUCAGCAGAACCGCAAAGUUGCAGAUGCUAAUGGGUCGACAGCUAGGCAUACCGCGGGUAGUAUAGGAUUUGACGAGCACCGUAACAACUUAGAAAAGAUGUUGGGUAAACCACCCACACAAUUUGAUGUUUUCAUGAAGACGCAUGGCACAACUGAGGCGAAAAAAAGAUAUUUUGCGGGAGAUCAUGAAAAUCUCGAAUAUUGCUCACUAACUGCCAAAGAAGCACAAGAGAUGUAUCUACAGGAGAUGGCCAAAAAACACGGAGAAGACUCUUCAAACCAUAAAGAUGAUGCGAGGGUAUGGGAAGAAAUUCAACUUGGGAGAAAAGGAAAGAAAAAGGGUGAUAUCUAUGGCAUAGGAGCAUCAGAUAUACAUUUUGUGAUUACUGGGACACCGUCUUCCCAAUCCACCAAAUCGGAUAGUACACAACAAGAGGUUGAUAUGUUGCGUGCACAAGUUUCCACCAUGGAACAACAGCAACAACAAAUGAAAGAACAAAUGGAAAUGGUUAUGAGGAUGAUGAAUAUGUCUGGAAAUCAACUCCGUGCUCCCCCUGAUAAUCCACCUGAGGACAAUUGA